AUGACAAUUAUUAAAAAUAUCUCAUCAUUAAAUUGCAGCUUAAAAUCAAAUGUUAACGGUAAUAUCAAUAGUGCUAGCGGCUCAAACUCAAUGUCCAAAAAUGCUACUGCUGGUCCAAUCUUUGGUUUACUUGGUUUUCUUCUUGGUACAGUUGGUGGUGUUGUCUACGGUGCUAUCAAUGGCGGUGUAUAUGGAAAUCAGGCAGGUCCAGUAAUUGGUAGAAAUUUAGAUUUCUUGGGAAUGUUUGAUAAAUAUUAA